AUGCAGCACCAUAUCGACCGACCGGAAGGUGAGGUGGGCAUAGGGGGUGACAGGCACCGAACAAGCAGUCAAGACGAUGCGCGAAGAGUGAACAUACAAACCCUUCCCGAUAUUGUGGGAGUCGUAGAAACACCAAAAGAGCAAUGGCGUUGCGGCUGGGCAGCCUGCAAGGUGGUUUGCACGAAUGUGUACGAAGCAAUUGUACGCACCUGUCUCUGUAGUACGGCAAGAGACAACGCUUUAGAGUCGUACAAUUUGUUCUCUCCAGACAACAAAUUCCGUCGGUUUUGUACUUUCCUGUCGGAGAAUGUGGCUUUGAAGUACUUUCUCAUCACCUGUGUGUGCGUGAAUGAGAUGGUGCAUCUUGAAGCCUCAGCUUCGCGCAUACCUCCAAAUGUUGCAGAACUACUCGACCUCAUCUUAGUCAUUCUAUUGCUGCUCGAAUUCGUCUAUGAAACCAUCGCCUUCGGUCUGUGGAAGGGACGAAAGUGCUACUUCCGCCAACCUCGCUGCCUUUUCAACUUCUGGAUCCUGACAGUGGCAAUCAGCGACGUCGUCGUCAUGUAUCUGGCCCACUGCCGUCCACCAGAUUACGUCCCUCAGGUCUCCUGGUAUACAUCUAAGGUUGCACUUUUCUUUGAGUUGGUCCGCAAGCUACGUGUUCUAAGACUCUUCGAAACCAAGACGUGCAAACUCGCAUUCACCAUUUUCAGAAAAUGCCUGGCGAAUCUACUGGCCUUGGCCGGCUUCGUCGUUAUUUUUGUCUUCUUCUAUCUUAUUGUCUACUUCCACACUUAUGGCUAUACCCAAUUCAAUGUAUGCUAUACGAAGGUAGCCACCAAGACACGGAUAUCCCAGGGGUCUUUGGCGCUGUCCGAAAAUACGGCAAACGCUUCGUUAGUGUGUGACGCAGAGAGUGGCUUUUGGGAAUAUGAUCUCAGCCAAGAGUACCUCUGUCGGCCAGAUCGGCCAUGCCGCGACGGGACGGAAUGCCGAAAUAUCUUCACUCUCCCGAGAGAGUCGAGGCUUUGUUCAUCUUCGCAAAUCUACGAACUUCAGCAGAAAGGGUGGUCUUCGUUGUAUGACACCCCUCUUGGUGACUGGGGAAUGACAGGCUUUCAUAACGCAUUUUCUGCCCUUUUAAGCUUCCUUCAGUGUGUAACACUCGAAGGUUGGUCAGAAGUGAUGUACCGUUUGGCCGAUGGCGACAGUACGUUUCGCGGCGUCUUGAUUUAUAUCCUUCACCAUUCCGUGGUAAUUCUCGGAAACCUGCUUCUAAUGAACCUCGUAGUCGCCGUCAUGUGGGAAAGCACCCUGCUGGAAACAAGCAAGUCGCGGAUAAUCGAUGCUAAGAAAGAGGAUCUGCAGAUGUUCGAGAUUUUGGGUUUGGAAUGGGUCCGUUUUCUGGUGAAUAAGGCGGAAGACGUUCAAGUCCUUCAUAGCGAAACGAAAACCAUGGAAUUUCUGUUUGCUCAUCGCCACUACCUCGCGAGACAUAAUGACGGGGCAAUCGUUGGGACGUCAGAAACGGGAACUUCGGACGACCGUUCUUCUAAAAUACAGCGACGCUGGAUCUCUGUGCGGCAGACAGUAUAUACCAUCGUCGCGCGAAAGCCCUAUGUCACAUCGAUGUUCCUCGUAUCUGCAACAGAUGCACUUCUCAUUACUCUUGACAGCGCUGGAGUGCUAGUGGACAUUUAUAGUUUCAUAAACGUUUUUUUCUGCGUGUGUUACACCGUCGAUGUCGCUCUCCAGCUUGUCGCUUUCGGUUGCCGAGAGUUUGUCCGAGACGGAUUCAAGGUCUUCGAUCUCAUUCUCGCCGUUGUCGGUGUUGUCGAGAUGCUUUUCAGUCUCAUUGUGUGUGGCGGCGUUGCCACUUGCGCCGAUGCUGACAGUGACUCCGCCAGUCAAGUGGUGAAGUCGACUAUCCUCGUUCUUAGUGUCCUGCAUAGCUUCCGUCUAUUCAAGCUGGUGAGGAAUUUUCCGUCCCUGCGGCUUCUGCUGGAAGUUAUUGCCGACUUGAUCCAAAACGUUGUCUUCUUCUACGCUUUGUUGCUUUUCCACGUCUACAUCUUUGCGACGUUUGGUUUCGCCCUCUUUUUCGAUCCGAACUACGGCGCCGGAGUUUGGCCGGUUACUGUAACGAAGUACAGCAAUUUCGAGACCAUCUGGCAAGCUCUGCUUCUUGUAUUCGGUCUGCUCACGGGAGAAAACUGGAAUGUGGCGAUGCGCGAGUUUUACAGCGUCUACAACGGGCAUACGCAAGUCGUACCAGGCAGUGCUCUGUCCUCAAAUGUGAUUUUGGAGAGCAGUGCGAACGUAUACAUAAUCUGUAUAUAUAUCUUCGUAGCUGUCUUGUGUCUCUGUUGCUUCAUAUUCAACGUUUUCGGUGCUGUCCUCAUCGGUCAGUAUGUCAUCGCGCGCAAAAGGGUCUUCACUUCACACAUUUUUCGGUUCAUCAAGCUUUGCCGGGAACUCGGGAUCGAGAUGCCAACGCGUGCGGCGUUAGACGCAACGAACUUGCAACGGAUGUACUCUUUGGCUGCACCUAAAACGGUUGGUCAAAAGAAAGCGCGCCGCGCCCUAAGUGAAUUUCUUCGGCCUCGAUCUUGGUCAAACCAAGAGCGGCUACGUUUCUCCACAACAUCAUCUGGUGCUGCCUGGAUGAUACACAGGCUGACGCGGUCAAUCUCCAGAGCUUCAACUUUUCGACGUCGAGGGGAAAGUCUGCCUUCCAGUGGCGGUAGACACACUGAGAGGGGCACGGACCGGAUCAGACUCCGCAAUAGGAUUCCCGACGCCCAACGCGAGAGGCGAGCUGGCAGAGUGUUGGUUACCGUCUUCCCGUGGAGGCAGAAAAGGGGGCGUCAGAAACAAAGCAGGCGAGCCUCAGCAAUUCAAGGGCGCAGUCGUGGAGAACAAGCAGGCAUGAGUGAGGGAGUCGAGGGGGGUAGCAACAGGUGUCAUGUCACCACGUGUUCACUUGUUGCUUCGACAAGCAUGACGGAGUGCCAGUACAACACAAGAGCUGACGACUUCGGGGGGCCGUGGGGUGUAGGUCCGGAGGCGGGUCGGGAUGAUAGCCUCUGUCUUUUCACCCGCUCCGACAUGCAGCCCAGUCCUCCUGUCGCUGAACACCGGAAAAACAGCGCAGAUAAUAACUUGCAAGGUCCCCUGUCUCUGUGUGAGUCCGUUUGCUAUCUGUUUAGCCUCUCCUUGAUAUGCCUGUGCGACACAGUCGUGCGAUUCGUCUCCAGCCCGUUCAGGUGGCUGAAUGCACGCAUUAUACCGUACGACACAGAACGCCCCGACGCAAUCAUUGACUUCAUCCGGUCCAUUCUCAUGGACGAGGGACUCGAGGAUGCAUCCAAAGAGACGAUCGCGCACCCGUCAAGUUCACGCCGCAGAAGACAGCAAAGUUCGAGGGGCGACAGCAGUAGCCUAGUGGAGAUGCCAGUUGUGAAUCUGGAGGUUUUUCGCGGCGGGGCCGUCAGCACCUUCCUCAGGCGGGCGACGAACGGGACAGCCUACAGGUGCCUCAUGGCAGGCCUCGAUGUCGCGUCCCUUGGCUGUCUGGUUGUCGAGUGCAUGUUGACCGGCAACUACGCGGCUCGGACGGUCUUUGGCGUGAUCGAAUGGGGUUUCGCCUUUGUUUUUCUCAUUGAGGCUCUCCUGAGAAUCGGCGCUUACGGGUGCAGUCGAGGGAGAUGCGUUGCUUUGGAUUCUGCGCCAACGCACGCUGCCUUCGUUGUGGCGCUCUUGUCUUGUAUUUUACUCAUCAUCAACCAAGUCGCUUUUGUUGUUGAGCGGCCAGACCCCGCAUACAGCUUUGUCUGGCAACUCCCAUUGUUCCGAGUCGUCAAGGUCUUGAGGUCUUUUCGGUCGUUUCUCUUAUUGUCUCGUGUACACAUGCGAGGCGUGCGUCUCGUCGUUCGUUCCUUAGUCGCCUGCACAAGGAGUCUAGUGAUACUCUCUGCUUUCCUGACGAUUGUGUAUACAACGUUCGCGCUCAUUUUCUCUCGAAUCAUGCGUGCCAACUACGUGCCUCCGGAGGAUCCGAAUGAAGUCGCGUACACCUUUCGGACUUUCUCGGAUGCGUGGAUAGGCGUAUUUGUCCUGGCAACAAAUGAAGGAUGGCCUCUCGUGCUCGCCAGGGUGCUCGACCGCAGUCCAGCGCAAAGAGUGCCCCUGACUGUCCUUUUCUUCAUCUUCAUUUCCGCUGUCUCCAUUUUCGCGGUGAAGAUGUGUGUGGGCAUUAUCGUCGACGCUUCCCGUAGGAAGAAGGCCCGAAUGGAAAUGGAAGGUAGCCUUUUGAGCGCGACUGUUCAUAAGUGGAUCGAAAUUCAGGAGCUCCUCUUCAAUUCGCCACUUCAGCAUGGCGAUACAAUGCCAGAUUUCGCCAACGCAGACAGUAAAAAGGUUGCGUUCCUGCGGAAGAGGCUUGCAGCUAUUGUGACUAGCGAAUGGUUCAGAACUGCAGUCGCACUUCACACCUGCAUUUGUUGUCUUCUGCUUUUCUUGUAUGGCCCCUGGUAUGACCUCACCCUUGGGCCGUACAGUCAGGCCAGGCGGGUCUAUCUUCACAUCGCCAUUGCCAUUCUGUCUAUCUUCUUCUUCCUCGAGAUUGGUGUAAAGAUUUUCGUACGCGGCCGGCUAUUCUUUCGUGACACUUUAGACAUCAUGGAUGCUAUUAUCUGCUGCCUUCUCAUCGGAAUUUUUGUCGUCGACAUUGUUUGGUGGACAUUGUGGCAAAUGCCUCCGGAGCCGUUGACAUUUUGGCUACUCAGUUUCCGUCUUUUCCGCGUAGCUCGCUUUCUCUACCGUCAGAUGUCCUUCUUCCAGACGCUCUUUACCACCAUCUGUCGUGUUAUGAAGAGUUUUUUGAACGUCCUAGCCCUGCUGUGUCUUUCAAUUUUCUUCUUUGCGAUCUGGGGGGUCGUCCUCUUCAACGAUGCCCCGGUCGAGAAAUACUUUAACCGACACGUAAACUUCAAAGUAUUAACAAGAGCGAUGAUGGCCCUGAUAGGCAGCUGCACCGGCGAGGACUGGCAUAUGAUUCUUCAGCAGCUGCGAAUGCACUACUCCGCAGCGGAUCAACGAUUUCUCAGCUUCAUUGUUAUUGUUUUCUUCGUCUGCUUCAUUGUCCUUGUUUUCUUUAUCCUCAUGGAUCUCUUCACCGCGUCCGUUCUGGACGAGUACAUGGACACGGUAAAAGACGAGAAUCUAUGGAAGAUCUCGCAUCAACACCGGAUCUUGAUCGAACGGUGGAAUCCGAAGAACGAGCCUGGCAAGAACUACAAAAGUCUUGACGACAUGGUUGCGUUGUUGAAAACUAUUGAUCACCCCCUGGGAUUGAAGCACCGCUUUCCUCCUGGAGAGAAGACGGGAAAGAUUCUCGCGUACAUUGCGAAAUAUGGGCUUCCGAUAUAUGACGGCUCUCGUGUUCAUCUACGUGAUGUGGUGCUCAACUGUGCAAAAAGAGCGUGCGAGUUCCACGCCAUGAGCCACGGGGUCAUGGAUAUGCAGGACGGCCAGGUGGAGCUGAACCCACAUCUUAUUAGCAGCUGGAUAGGAAAAUUCCCCGAACUUGCCCAUACCGCCGCCAAUUACGAUCUUCGUCACUACGUGGCAGCGGCGACGCUCCAGAACUGGUUCCGUAGACACCACGUGGUCAUCAACGGGAAGCUGGCGAACCCAGAGUGGUGUGCGGCGCGGGUUGUAUCUUUCCUCGCUGAGGCGCGAACGGCCAGGCUCCGCCGCCCAAGCGGACGAAACGUACACAGAGGAAGUCAGAGCGACCGUCGCCAGAGCGGUGUCGUAAGAGGGCGGAACCGACGGGGUUCUCGGACAGAUUCCACACCGGGAGGCUCGCUGCUGUUGACUUCCGCGUCCGGUGAAAGUCGUGAAGUUUUGUGUGCGGGGACUGACCAAGUUAGAAUGAACUUGGCUGAACCAGCGUCAACUCGAGGAAGCGUUCCUGGAUCGAGCUCCAGCAGCCCUCGAGAGAGCCUGCGGCGAGGAUACGAACUGGAUUUGGCACCUCGCGUUCUCUUCGAAUCCUGCUUACUUGUGCCUGAGCGAGAGAGCACGAAACGAACAGGUUCCAAGGAACGCAACAGCGUGAGCUCCACUAGUGGGGGCGACGGCUUUCUUUCCGCUACGCAGGGUCCGAACAUUCUAGGAAAAGCCUCCGGCCCAAGCAGAACUGAUCGUGCCUACAGAGACGGCGAAGCGCCAGAGCGCCGCCGCAGGCCCCAAAUCUGUAGAAGCAUCAUCCGUGCGCCUGACGCACGAGAGCCGAGUAUUGUGGAUUUGAGAGUCUUGGGAGAAACCCAACGAAAAACUUGCCACCACGAUUUCACGAGAGGCAUUCAGAAGCACAACCAAACGAGACAUUCUUUGACGGGGAGGUGCGCGCAUUGUGAUCCUGGGCAGCAAAGUGGGGCGUUAAAUCGUGUUCCCAGCGUGACCGCCUUCCCAACGCAGACCCAACCGAGCGGAGGGGUGAAAGGGGUGAACGCCCCCCGAAUCUCGUCGCCGUACAUGCAGACACUUACUACUACAAAGGCUCACGCACGUAGUGACAGCCUACUCCAGGGAACUGGAGAGGCAUCACACCCGGCAAAUAUAGCGAAGGCGUUCAAGGCAGAUACAGAAACAGCUGCUACCCAGCAAGAAGAAUUUCCAUCUGCAACUCCCGUUUCUGGUGGGGCGUUCCGCUCAUCACCAGAGAGCAAGCAUGAAGGCGCGAAGACGGCGCACAGUCACACACGACGGAAUCUGAUUGCGGAGGAAGGGACGGGAAGUUGUUUACCAAAUUUUAUCUCUGAUGGUAAUUCUGGUGACGAGAAAGAGAUGGCUGCAGGUUGGAUUCCUUGA